AUGUCCAUUCAAAACUUCGACCAAGCGCUUAAUUUGAAAAUCAAGGUGACAACGUUGCUAGACCAGGAGAUCAGUGGCAUAAUAUAUACGUUUUCGUCGUCGAAUGAGAUCUUGGUGUUGAAAACCACCAACAUUCGACAAACAAAAGACAAGGAGAGGGACUCGACGGCAGCUUCGACGAGCACGUAUCGCGUGAUAAAUACGUCGUUUAUCAAGAGUAUUCAGGUGUUGCUGCCCCAUCCGCAGAAGAAAAACAAAUUGAAGCCCUACAAGAGCGAUGAUGUGUCGAUAAAACCAAUUUCAGUCGCGGAUUUAAAGCGAUUUGUCGAUGAAGAGGUGCUAAAGUACCAGAAUGAACCGAGCGAGAAGAAAUCUGCUAAAACGGCGGAGGAUUCCAAGCAGCAGCAACAGCAGCUGCAGGCUUUGCUGAAACAAGCUCACGCGGCUGCACCGGUGGAAAAGCCGGCCCCCGCAGCCCCCGCAGGCUCCACAGGCUCCACAGCGCCAUCAUCUAAUAGACAAUCUCAGUCUCAAGCUCAAGCUCAACCCCCAGCAUCAUCAACGGCGUCCCUAUUGCUUGAAAAACUCCAAAAACUAUACGGCGACUCCAACGUCAGGUACGGUCACACCAAUCAAAAGCAGACAGAAAUCAUCAUUUACGAUGAAAUCAAAAUAACCAAGCCCUUCACCAACACAGCGAAAAAUGUUUCAUUUAUCAACCCCAAGCAGCAGCAAAGCAAACACAGUGCUUCGUUAAACCGCGCUUUGAAACAUUUCUGGUUGGACAUCGAUAACGAAAAGAAAGGUGGCUGA